AUGGACAAAUGGACAGAAGUUUGUAAUGCUCUUUCUCAGGAAUCCGACUCAGAUAGUCUAAUACAACUUUUUGCCUUCCUUCUUUGGCAAAUAUGGAAAGAUAGGAAUGCUUUCACAUUCAAUAAUAUGUCUAAACCGGCUGAAGAGUCUGUUAGCUUAGCAAUUAGAAGUCGAGAUGAUUUUAGAGAAGCCACCUCCAACCAUCCUCUCCCCUCGCAUCAAUCAGAAAUGGAUCAACAGCUGUUAAUUCAUCAAUCUCAACUCUCUUGGCAACCCCCUCCUCUCGGUUUCGUAAAGCUUAACUUCGAUGCAGCUUGGGACAAGAAUUCGAAUUCAGGAGCCACUGCAAUUAUUGUUCGUGAUCCUUUUGGAAGUGUUAUUGACUGGUGCUGUCGUUCGUGGGUCUCUAUCUCAGACCCCUUACAAUUAGAGAGUAUUGCUUGUCGAGAAGCACUUCUUUUUGUCAAAAGUAGAGGAUUCUCUCACUCUAUUAUAGAAGGAGAUUCUCUUAUCACAGUUCAAGCCUGUAGGGGUAACCCAGCUCCCCUUAAUAUUCAAGAUAUUAUCUCUGACUCGUUAGAUAUCGCUAAAUCCUUUCAGUCUAUCUCUUUUUCUUGGGUACGUCGGACUCACAAUCAGGUUUCACAUCUCCUUUGUAAAAAGUUCAUCAGAGAUAGUUCGUUCAGAGUAAAUCCCUUGUAUUAG